AUAUUUAUUUAAAAUUACUAAUGAAACAAGCAUUUAUUAUUUAUUUAUAUGAUGGAGCUAAGCAAUUCACGUUACUUGCCGAAAUCCUAUUCCGAUGAGUCAGGAAUAAACCGUGUAGUACGGAGAACAAGGAGCAGCGUCUCAAGGGAGCUUUCUACUGCGAACCAUGACACACCAACACACCGAAGACGGCCUAGUGCGCCUUUGCCGUCUUACAGCUUAUCCCCAGCUCCACAACAUAAAAUUCAACUUAUUUUAAUCGGUGACCGGAACGUCGGUAAAACAUGUGUGCUCGAACGAUUCACAGAAGAUCAAUUUCACACGGAUUUGACGUCAACAGUAGGCAUUGAUUUCAAACUCAAAACAAUCACUGUGGGAGAAAAGUCUAUUCGUUUGCAAAUAUGGGAUACGGCGGGACAGGAGAGAUUUAACAGCAUAACGACUGCUUAUUAUAGAGGCGCCAGAGGUAUAAUCGUCAUGUACGAUGUCACUCGUAUUGAAACCUUUUUAAACGUACGAAAUUGGCUGACGCUAGUUGAUGAGUACGGUAGGAGCGAUGCAGUAAUUGCCAUUGUUGGAAAUAAAUACGAUAUAAAAAGAAACCAAGUCGAUCAAAACAAAGCAAGAAAGUUCGCCCAAGAACGUGGAUAUCUUUUUUAUGAAACAAGCGCAAAGAAUAAUAUGAAUAUUGAAGCAUUGUUUUUACAUUUAAUAAGUGAAGUAUUAAAAAAGCAUCCCGUAAAAAGGGAUAGAAACUCAAUAAACGGCGCACCGCAAAUUCGAGAAGAUACUCCAAAACCAGAACAACACGCACAAGAAAAAUCGUUUCGUUGUUGCUGACAACCUGCAAGAAGCAAGUACUUAUCACAACACGUAAUGCAACGGAAAACAUUGUCCAUUAUGCAGUGUAUCAAAGCAAGAUUUAGAUUAAUUAUUCCUCUUUUCAUAUUCAGUACAUGGCAAAAUAGAAUUCUGCGAAGUACAAAUAUAGAGAGAGCGAAGACAUGGUACAAAUUAAUGUUAAGUUGGAGUGAAAAAAUCGGAACACUUUUGAGUGUCUCGAUAUUCUCCACUUUUGAGUUUUUUAUUGUUUUUACACAUUUUUGAUGUCGUAUAUAAAAUUUAAUGUUAAAGAUGUUGAACUCUAACCUCUGCUUAUAAUUAAAAUAAAUUUUAUA